AGGGUUUUAGGAUUUUAGGCUCUUGGGGUCUGUAUAUUUUGUGGCGUUAAAGUCAAGAGAUAUCCCGGGCACGAUGAGCGGAUUUCGGCAGGAGAAUGUGGAGGAAUUUUUUGAGAUGGGAGAAGAGUUGGGCAGUGGUCAGUUUGCAAUUGUCCGAAAAUGCAAGGAACACAGGACAGGGGUAGAAUAUGCAGCCAAGUUUAUCAAGAAAAGACGACUGUCCUCAAGCCGACGGGGAGUAAGCCGAGAAGAGAUUGAAAGAGAGGUGGACAUCCUCCGUGAGAUUCAGCACCCCAAUAUCAUUACCCUGCAUGAUGUGUUUGAGAACCGAACUGAUGUGGUGCUGAUCUUGGAGCUGGUGUCUGGAGGAGAGCUCUUUGACUUCCUGGCACAGAAGGAGAGCCUGAGUGAAGAGGAGGCUACGAUGUUCCUGAAACAGAUUCUAGACGGGGUCCAUUACCUGCACAACAAGAGUAUUGCACACUUUGACCUUAAGCCAGAAAACAUCAUGCUUUUGGAUCAGAGUACUCCUAACCCACGAAUCAAACUCAUAGAUUUUGGAAUUGCUCAUAAGAUACAAGCGGCGAAUGAAUUCAAAAAUAUCUUCGGAACGCCGGAAUUUGUUGCUCCCGAAAUCGUAAACUAUGAACCUUUAGGCCUGGAGGCUGAUAUGUGGAGCAUCAGAGUCAUCACUUAUAUUGUACUAAGUGGUGCAUCACCCUUCUUGGGAGAGACAAAGCAAGAGACUUUGACUAAUAUUUCAGGUGUUAAUUAUGAUUUUGACAAGGAAUAUUUUAGCAACACAAGCGAGUUGGCCAAGGAUUUCAUACGCAGGCUUCUGGUUAAGGACCCUAAGAAACGGAUGACCAUUGAUCAGAGCCUGGAGCACUCGUGGAUUAAGGCAAUCAAACGGCGGAAUGUGCGUCAUGAGGAUAGUGGAAAGCUUCCUGAACGCCGCCGGUUGAAGACAACACGUCUGAAGGAAUACACCAUCAAAUCCCAUUCCAGCAUGCGCCCUAAUAACACAUAUGUUAAUUUUGAGAGGUUUAGUCAUGUGCUUGAGGAGCUAGGAGCUGCUGAGGAUGCACUAAAGGAGUUGCAGAAAACUCAGACUACUUCUCGUGAAGACUUGGCUGCCCUGCGCUCCAUCUAUGAGGAGAAAGAGAGUUGGUAUCGGGAGGAGCAAGAGGGGGUCGGACUUGAGCUUGUGGUGCUCCAGCAGGAGUUGCAGCGUGAGGAAGGACAAAGGCACCAGGCACAAGAUGAGCUACGGAGUGCCAUGCACAGCGCCAAUAGCCUGAAGAGGAAGUUUGGGCGCCUGGAAAACCGUUACGAAGCACUUGCUGCCCAAGUUACGGCAGAGAUGAACUUUGUAGAAGAAUUACUUAAAACCAUUGAACUAGAGAGGGAAGGGGAGAGAGGAGUGUGUUAAGGGAAAAUAAAUCAGUGGGUUAUGAAAAAUGAGGGUAUUGGAGAAAGGGUGGCAGUGAAUGGACAUCUGCUGGUAAGGAAAAGAAACUAAGUCUGAAGGAAAGAGGAAAGUGCGCUUAUAUGAAAAGGGAAUUUUGAUGCAGG